AUGGCCAAAAUCCCAAGUCAUACGAGGACAUUCACGAUUCAGAAGGCCAAAUCUCCCAAGAAGCCCGUGUACCACGAUGCCAUUUUGACAGAGCAACCUAUUCAACACCCAGAAGAUGGCCAGGUCUUGGUGAAGAUGGGGGCAGUUGCUUUCAACCAUAAAGACCUCUGGCAGCGCAUGGGAAUGUACCCUGGAAUUGCCAUGGGAGCCACUUUCGGAGGAGACGGCGCAGGAACUGUGAUUGCAUCUGGUACACCGAACGAUCCGUUGCUUAACAAACGCGUCUUCCUCACCCCAACUCGUGGUUGGGAAGAAGACCCUCUUGCACCUGAGACGGCGUUCGGAAUUUUAGGAGGCGGCGUUUUCCCUCCUCUCGGAACGUUCUCCGAGUAUGUCCUCGUCGAACGGGACCAAGUAAUACCAUCUCCAGAACACCUCGAUGAUGUGCACAUCGCUGCAUGGCCCGUUGGCGGUGUCACGGCGUGGAGAGCUGCAGCAGUGAAUGCCCAGGUUCAAAGGGGCCAGAAUGUCCUCAUCACCGGCAUCGGCGGAGGGGUUGCGCUUCUCGCGAUGCAGAUAUGCCUUGGGAAAGGGGCGAAUGUGUACGUGACGAGCGGCAGCCAGGAGAAACUCCAGAAAGCGAUAUCUCUCGGGGCGAAAGGAGGUGCUAAUUAUAAAGAGAAGAAUUGGCCUGCGCAAAUUGGUGCCCUGUUGGCGAAAGACAGGCACACUGUCCUCGACGCCAUCAUCGAUUCUGCCGGUGGCGACAUCAUGGGACAAGCUGGCAAGAUUCUCAAGCAAGGAGGUCGUGUGGUCUGCUAUGGAAUGACAGCAAGCCCAGCCAUACCGCUGACCAUGCGUCAAGUUCUGGCUAAUCAGCAGCUCAUAGGUUCCACAAUGGGCUCUCACAAGGACCUGAAGGAUGCCACAGACUUCCUCGCGAAGCACCGGAUUAUUCCUAUAGUCUCCCAUGUUCUUGACGGGCUUGAAUCGGCGGAGGAGGGCUUCGAACUUCUCAAACGCGGAGAUCAGUUCGGCAAGGUUGUCAUCAAGUUGCGCAACAGAAAUGUCUCCCAGCCUCAGGCAAAGCUUUAA